AUGGCGAACCAAUUCUCCGGAGCAGCCACUGCAGAUCCAAAUCUCCAUCUUGCCAAUUUCUUGGAGAUUUGUGACACAAUCAAAGUUAACGGUGUUUCUGAUGAUGCCAUUCGGUUGAAGCUAUUCUCAUUUUCUGUCAGAGACAAAGCGAAGAGUUGGCUUCUGAGUCUUAAUCCAAGAUCACUCACCUGUUGGGAAGAAUUAUCACAAACCUUUCUGGCACGAUUCUUUCCACCCUCAAAGACCGCACAACUACGAAGAGAUGUAGGCAACUUCAGACAGAUGAGCCAAGAGCCUAUGCAUGAGUCUUGGGAGAAGUUCAAGGACUUAUUACGACAAUGCCCUCAACACGGAUUCAACCCGUGGGAUCAAAUGGAGUUGUUCUACAAUGGGCUCGAUCAACCAGCCCGAUCUCUAGUCGAUGCUUCCUUAGGUGGAUCAUUCCAAUACAAGACUCCCACAGACGCUCGGGACAUUGUCGAGCGAAUGUGUGAGAAUGCUUACCAUUGGCCGUCCGAACGAACUGGUAUACAAAAGGUGGCCGGAGUCCACCAACUCGAUCCUUUAGCCUCGGUUUCAGCACAGUUAGCGACCCUAUCAAAUCAAGUCGCCCAAUUAUCAGUUCGAGGGCCACAGACCGAACGAGUUGCAGCAACAAGUACCUCGGAAGCCACAAACAACGAUUGGGAGCAUGCACACUUUAUGAACCACCGAUUCAACAAUUUCCGGGGAAACAACAAUCAGAACCAAAACCCUACUCAGUACUACCCGGGAAUUCGGAAUCACGAGAACUUCUCCUACGCCAAUCCAAAGAACGCUCUCCAACCACCUUCCGAUUUUAACCAUCAAAGAGAGCAACGAGGGCCGACGUAUGACGAGCGUCUUCACCGACAAGAAUAG